AUGGAGGUAAAUGGAGAAAGCAAUAAAUUUAGAUUAGCCAAGAAAGUAAAAGAAAGCUCUAUGAAGAAGCAUCAAAUUUUGCAUCGCCAUCUUGAAUUCACUCGAUAUUUACUGAAUCUCGAGCCUAAACUUGCUGGAGAAGUUGAUGACCUACAAAGGACACCUCUCCACUUGGCUUCUGAAAAUGGAACAGUCGAGAUUGUUCAAGCUUUGCUGGAGAAGAACACAAGCACUUGCAUGGUUCGUGAUUUGAAUGGGUUGAUUCCUCUCCACCAUGCAGUGAUUAAUGGGCAAAUUGAUAUCAUACCAUUGUUGAUCAAUGCGAGGCCAAGAUCUCCUUGGAUUAAGCUUCACAAUGGUCAAUCUGUUCUUCAUUUAUGCGUAAAACACAACCACUUGGAAGCUCUUAAAUUGUUGAUCACAAUGAUUGAAGAUCCACAAGAUUAUGGAUUCCUCAACCAAGGCGAUGAGAAUGAAAAUACCAUUUUGGAUUUUUCUAUGAUGUUAAGACGAAUUGAGAUAGUACAAUAUUUAUUGUCUAUUCCAGGAAUAAAAACUGGAACAAACACUAAAAACAACUGUGCUACCUCAAAUGAGAAGGGAUCACCAAGCAGAAUUGAAGAACAAUGCGAUAAAAAGGCAUCGAUAUCACUAACACUCAAAACGUUUAUAAGAAGUUUGUGGAUGAAGAACCUUGAAUACAAAGGUGAUUGGUUUCAAGAAGUGCAAGGCACAAUGAUGUUGGUGGCAACUGUGAUUGCAACCGUGGCUUUUCAAGGUGCAAUCAACCCUCCCGACGGUGUUUGGCAAGAAGACAUUCCUUUCAACUCCAAUAACACUACUCAUCGUUUGUUUCACAGUAGCAAUACUUUGAAAACUUUGAUAGCAGGGACUGCAGUAAUGGCCUACCCAACUUCAGACCAAGGAAAUUCUUACACUGGUUACUUGAUUACAAAUUCUAUCUCAUUCUUUGCAUCAAUAUGUGUUAUAAUGUUCAUCAUAGGUCGAUUACCUUUGAAAAAUAGGAUUUGUGCAUGGAUGUUAACCGUAACCAUGUGCGUUGCCAUUGCGUUCUUAUCACAAAGCUACUUGCUCUGA